UUUAGAUGCAAUUUACCACUAUAACUAUUGUUGCAGCGCAAUUUGGUGAAAGGUAUUGAAAAUAUGGACAGUGAUCAGAGUGCAAAACUUAGGGAUGACUACAAUCUGAUGUUCGUGGUCCGAGACUGGGUUUAUGAGGAGGACCAUUCUUUUGGACUAGAAGGAGGCAAGACAUAUAUUGAGAGAGAUAGUGAACGAGGUUCAAGAGAACUCAAAAAUCUAUGGUCAGAGAUUAAACGUACCUUCAGUGACCUUCAGUGUUUAUUACUGCCCUUUCCUGGUUCUGCAGUGGAGAAAGAGUUUGCAAAAACUGGGGACUUGAAUGAACUUGACAAGGAAUUUCUGAAGCAAGUGAAAAGCUUCAUCACAAAUAUCUUUGCACCUAAAAACUUGGUUCCUCCUAAAACGAAACUGACGGGUGAAGGAGUAUACAGAUUGCUGAUGAGUGUUGACGGGAAGAUAGCAGAUGACAAUCUGUCUUUCUUAAAUAUGUUCACCGAGAAUAUAAAUUUUUACAAGGAGUCACAGCUUUUAGCGAGAUUUCCAGGUGGAUUUCAAGACCUUGACCUUCUACAGAAACUUAAGACAGAAAUUGAAACUGAGGGUGAAAAUGCGUUCAGAGGGCAGUCAAAAACACGUUUUAAUGAAAGACUUAAAAGGACUCUGGAACAGAUGAUGAACUCAGAAGUUAUUCAGAAAGUAUACAAGAAAUACAAGGACAAUUUUUCAAGUUCAAAACGAACCAAACAAUGUCAUGAAAUUUGGAAAGGUUGUGUGUCUCUUUUGGAUAAAUAUAUGUGUGGAAACACUGCUACUCGAAUCCAAACCAGGGAAAAAGCUGUUCAAAAAAUGUCAGAUGUAUAUUAUAGACAACUUUAUGAAGAAGUGUAUAAUGAUUUUAAGGACAGCAUAAAAGAUUUGAAGGAACUGGAAGAGUUGACUGGUUUGGAUGAUAAAACUGUAAAAGAAAGAUUCCUGAAAUUGGACGACUUUACGGAUAUAGUAGAUACUAAUGUCAUCCAUCCGAUAUGGCUGAAAUACCAUCAAAAUUUGAAAUGUUGUGUAACUGAACACUUUUUAAAGAAAAUUGAAGAACUAACUGGUGCAGAGAAUUUGGAAAAUGUAAGAGCGGAGCAAUAUAAGUUCUAUGAAGCAUGUACCUUAUUGAAAAAGAAUGGUGAUAUUUGGGAUAGUAUACCAGGAGACAAAACAUUGCUAUUUAAAAAAGUUGGUUAUGCCCUAUUUGGCCCUCCCAAACAAGUUAUUCAUACUGAAAUACGUCCUACACAAACUGAUACAAAUAAAAAACUUGUCGGUUUUUUCAAGACACCUGCUUCUAGUGCUAAAUCCAAAGCACUAGAAGCCGCAGAUAAAGUAGAGAAGGUAAUUUCUGUUGGCGCUGGAGUUGCUGGGGUUGCCGCUUUGGUAGUUGCUGCUCCCGUACUCGCUCCCUGUGCAGUCGUAGGCGGUGCAGCUGCAGGCAUCUAUGGCUUUGGCCGUUGUGUUGUCAAAAUACUAGACAAGAAGAAGCAUAAUGAGCCUUAUGCUAAAGAGGUAGUGAAAGGUGCAUUUAAUGUUAUUGCUGUAGCUGUAGCUGCAGCUGGAGCUUUGAGAGUUGCAGAAGGGGCUGUUGUGAUCGGUAUAAAAGGAAAUUAUGGGAAGGAAUUGUUUGAAAGAGUGCUACAAGAGUACCAAGUUGAUCAGCUGCAGCAAGUAGACUCAGACCCCAAGGGGUUGACAUGUGUGCAGGCAUGGUAUGGCAUGGCUGAUAACCUGAAUUGCUACUACUCAAGUUGCUGUGACGAUCCCGAGGAAUUGUUUGACAAGUUAUUUCCUAAGAAAUAUAAUAGAGAUAACUUUGAAGAGAGAGAAAAAAAAUUAUUCAACCUUCUACCAGACUACAUGAAGACACUUCAAGGAAAGAAGCUGAAGACAUCCCUGACCAUAUGGCUCAUCGACAGACCAUACUACUCCCCUAGAAGAGUCCUGAACUGGAGAAAAGAAACCAACACAACUUGA